CAGCACAGAGAGGACAGCCAGGACACAGCUCAGCGCAGUCGGCUCCUUGUCUGCACACAUUAGCCCGGACCAGUGUAGUUUCUUUUUGAUAGGGAAUACAAGUUACCCAGAGAGUUCCGUUUUAUCUCAUCUGGCUCGGAGCGGCAUCACGGAGCCUUCUGCACUCAGUCAGGAUGUCGGAACUUUCCGUGAAUGACCACCUCGAAGGGAUUUUAUCAGAUUUUGAAGCGCUGAAGAGAUCCUUUGACAUUGAAGAUGUGGAUGACCUACCAUCCUUCUCCUCAGCAACACCCAUCUCCUCCCCAGUUUCUCCCUCUUCCUCCCAUUUCUUCCUCAACCACAACAAAGCCAGUGAAGGGCUGGGUGGAGGUGGCCAGUCCCCUUCAUUAGCCUUUAACAACAACAACAACAGCUUGGGCUCCACAGCCCACCAUUCCCGCAUCAGCCUAAGUUCCAAUCCUAGCCCAGUGCUCAAGUCCCGAAGUGUGGUCAGCAGCCUGUCCUUCAACCGAGGAACCAUGAACAAGUCGGCCAUCUACAACAAUGGCUCCUCUGUGACCAGAGCUGCAUCCUUCCAGAGCAGGUUAAACCCCAACAGUUACUCCAUUUUGUCUGGGCCAGGCAGUGACAACGACAGCCUUCACAGCUCCACGUCAAGCCUGGAGUACUCUGGUGGGGGUGGAGGUGCCCUCCCUCUCACUAAGCUGGGGUCAUAUCACAGCCCUCCACCUCAGGGGGACUACCACCGAACCCAGCCCCAGCCUCCACACCAGCACCGAGAAGGAAGUGCUCACAUGGGAAGCAACCCCAACCUGAAGAAGUUUUCCUCACAUGGGAGUGUUUUCCCCUCUGAGAUGGAGCAGGGGCCAGGGCUGAUGCUGGGUGCUCCAGAGCCUUGGGGGGCUAACCAUGGCUCCAUGCCAAGCCUAGACCUCCAAAUUACUGAUGGAGGAGGAGGAAUGGUGAGUAUGCAAAGAGGUGGAGGUGGAGGAGGGGGUAUCAGCAGGAUGUCUCCAGGGUUGAGGUAUGCCAACUGGAAUGGUCGUCUUCAUAAUACAGAUUCCUUUGGGGAGGAGGGUUACUGUGGCCCCCAAAACCACUGCCAGCAGCAAGGGCCCCAGGUCCUCAAGGCUCCCCAGCCCAAGACCAAAGAGACUUCACGUCUCAACAAGUUUCCCUUGGAUCUGGACAGCUUGGUUAGCAGCACCUCAGGCACUUCUCCCACUAAGGCUCAAGGAGGAUCCAUGAGCCCCACCCCCCCCAAACCUCCACCAAGGAGCACCGGAAGCCUACAACACCACGCCAGCCCACCAUCCACCCUGGCCAGCCCUUCAGCCUCUCUCAGCAGCCUGGAUAGUUCCUCUGACACCAUGCCCCUCUCCCUCCACCAUCCCUUUCUGCCACUCUCCCCACGCACUCCAACUCCCUCACAGGGUUCAAUCCCUGUCCCAGAGAUGAGCUGCUCCUCAGGGCCCCUUUCCCCAGCCCAGAGCCCCCAGCUGGAGAUUCUCCCAGGGCCCCAAGUUGUCCAGGUGGUUCCCAGCCUGCCUAACCCUACCAGCCCCCGUAGCCCCAGAGCCGUUUGGUCUGUAAAGGAUGGCCCAGGUGAUGCAGGAGAUAGUGUAGGCUCAAUCUUACAGAGGAUUGCUUCCUUCUCCCAGAAUGUCAGUACUGACACCACCCCAGCAGCUGUGACACAGCCCCCUACAGUCCAAAGAAAUGGUGGGGUGUCAUCUGCUUAUGGAUGUCCUGCUGAGACCAUGGUGAUGCACACAUGGAAGCAGGGGAAGAAGAACCAGAAAGAAACUGCUGGAGAGCUGGAGACGGACCCGCUUAGCCCAAUGGAGGAGAGAGAGGAGAAGGAGAGGGGCAUCAUGGGACAAGAGCAAGAAGGUGAGGGCAAGUGCCAAGAACAACCAGCCAGCAUGAAUACCCAGAAUUCCACGACAGAAAAAGAGGAGAAUGGUGUGGAGGCCCAUGCAGAGAUGGGAGACAAGGGGAAGGAGAAGGGAAUGGAGGAAGGAGAAAUGAAGAAAGAUGUAGAGGUGGAGAUGGAGCUGGAGGCGGAGGUGAAGAUGGAGCUGUGUCAGUCAGUGCAAGGCCUGCAGAUGAGCUUCAUCCGAGGCACUGACCUGUUUGGCUACGUGGGCAUCGAGGCGGUACUGGACCAGAUGAGGCGCAAGACCAUGAAGGCCGGCCUGGAGUUCAACAUCAUGGUGGUUGGUCAGAGUGGUUUAGGGAAAUCCACUCUGGUUAACACUCUGUUCAAGUCCAAAGUCAGCCGCAAGUCCUGUACACCCAACUACGAAGAGAAGAUCUCCAAAACAGUCAAACUGCAAUCAAUCAGUCAUGUGAUUGAGGAGAAGGGAGUGAAGAUGAAGCUGACAGUGAUUGACACUCCAGGAUUUGGAGACCAGAUUAACAACGAGAACUGCUGGGAGCCCAUAGAGAAGCACAUCAAUGAACAGUAUGAGAAAUACCUGAGAGAGGAGCUGCAUAUCAACCGCAAGAGGAGAAUACCAGACAGCAGAGUCCACUGCUGCAUCUACUUUCUCCCUGCCACUGGACACAGGUUACGCCCAAUCGAUGUUGAGUUCAUGAAGAGGUUGGGAAAGAUAGUGAGCAUCGUACCUGUCAUCGCCAAAGCUGACACGCUCACCAUUGAGGAAAGACAGGAGUUUAAAGAGAGGAUAAGGCAAGACUUAGCAGCCAAUGGGAUACAUGUUUACCCACAGAGAGAGUAUGAUGAGGAUCCAGAGGAACGCAUCCUCAAUGACAGGAUCAGGGAAAACAUUCCCUUUGCUGUGGUUGGAACAGACAAGGAGCACCAGGUGAAUGGAAACAAGGUGCUGGGACGGAAAACAAAGUGGGGAAUCAUUGAAGUUGAAAAUGUGGCGCACUGUGAGUUUGCCAAUCUGAGAGAUCUACUCAUCAGGUCUCACUUGCAGGACCUGAAAGACGUGACACACAACAUCCACUAUGAGACCUACCGCGUACAACGGCUCAACGAGAGCAACAUGAACUUCAGUGAACUGGGACUGUCCCCCUGGCCACUGGAGAACGGAACUGCUGACAAAUGCGAAUCAGAGAGCCACCUCUGAUGUCUCCAUCCCUCUUCCUGCACCUGCCAGAGGAUGGCUGAUGCUCCUCAUCCAAUCAGAACGAGAGAUGUGAAAAAGAAAGCUUUUUUUUUUUUAAUUUCCCUUUUUCCCCCCAACAUAACAAAAUGAGAUGGAAAAAUAUUUUUUUAUUGUUUUUCCUAUGUUUUUCUUCAGUAUGGGACAAACUAGUAGUUUUUAAAUGAGAUAUUCUGUUUGAGUUUUUACACGAGACAUAAGUAAUGCAUCAAAUAUGGAUAUAUGUGAAACAAAUGUGGGCUCAUAUAUAUUUUCUGUAAGGAUGGUGACAUAUACAGGGCAGGAGAGAGCAGUUAGCACAGUGAAAGGAAACAUAAACUAAAUCUCCCAGUGGUGUCUAGGAAUCUUGGGCAUCCGCUAUAUAAAUUAUACACUUUGGCCAAAAGUAUGUGGACGAUUGAAGCCUUUUCACCCAGCGUCAGAGUUUGACCUUACUAAUGCUGUUGUGUCUGAAAGGGAGAGAAUACCUGCAGCAGGUUUAACAUCUGGUUUAAAGACUUAAACCAGGAGAGUCAAGGCUGUAAGAGAAGCACAUUACGUAAUGCUCAUGGUGUCAGCAUCAUGCGUUCAACUUUGGCGUGUGGGUGGAAUGUUCAGGUGUCCUCAUACUUUUUACAGGUGUCCACAAAUGAAAACUAGUCAUUAUGUCAUCGGUUUCGUAUAUAAUACGCCAGUGGAAGUAUUUGCCCCAUAGUCUUGCUCAGUACUCCACCCAGUGGAUAAAAUGAGCAGUAAGGGUUUAUUUUGAGAUGCUUGUUUAAAAAAGAAAAACUAACAGGCUUGAUAACACAAGGUGUGCUCAGUAUAAAUUCUAAUUGGUGGAGGUGGGGUCACUGACUUUCCAAGAUUAUGAUCAAGUCUUAUUUUAACAUUUCACUGAGCCAUAUCAGGUUCAGGAUAGGAUAGUUGAUGUGUCUGUUAUAACCUUUACUUUUUAUAAUUAGUGGUGUAUUUCAGUUUUUUUGUGGAUUUUAUCCUGUUACCUUCUCAGAACUGCAGCUCUGCAGUCCUACAGUCAGAGGAAUUUCAUUGAAUGGGCACCUGACUUCAUCAGAUCUGCCCUCUUUUUUGCAAUCAUUAAUUGUUUAAAAUAAUGGGCAUUAAUAGAAAUAUUGUUUAUACUUCCAUUUCAUCGCAGCAGUGUGGCAAGAUUGAAUUCAGGGAUAGACUGAUGAUUUUGCUGCACCUAUUGAAUAAUGAUCCUUAUGCAAGAUUAACAGAUUUAUUUUAUGUGGUUUUCUUGCUAAAACAAUUAAUGCAUGCAAUAUGCUUUUAGCCAGUAAAAUCCGUAACUAUAUUUUUGUGCAAAAGACGUUCAUAAUGCAGUCCCAAAAUAGUGAAUUACAUCCUGACAGCACCACGUGACAGUAUGACAGUAUCAAUACAGCACAGUUAAAAAGAAAUCAAGACAGCUACCCUGUCAUUACAGUGUUGUAACUCAUGUAUGAAUCCCAGCCCAGUCGCGAUGAUGACAAUGUUGGCAUUGUAUGUUUCUGCAAACCAUGGAUACAUUACAUUUGCAUAUGUCUUUUAUCAAUAUCCUUAAAGUGACAUUGGACAGGACCAGAUUUUGUGAUCAUGAGGUGGAGGGAAUGGUGGAUGGCAUGAUGCCAAGGCAGUACACCUGCGAAGCUGCAGACCACUGUUUGAGACAAUAACAAAAUUGGUUGUGAUUUAGUGAGUCAUUGCUGCUUUUCCAACUUUAGGCACCAAAGAUUGGUGUUUUGUCGCAGGGGCAGGGGACUUGGAUUUAAGCUAGUGCUAAGUUAGCCUAGCUCAUAGCAGGUAACUCUAACAAGCCUUUACAGAUGUUGACAGAGGGAUGUAAUCAGUGCCAUUAUCCCUGUUUGUGUUUGUCUCUCUCUGUGAAGGCCAGCUUGUCACGGAUCAGAAAGGUGGAAAUACUCUGCCUUCAGAUGUGAUCAGAUGACGAGUUGUGUUGAAUUAUUUGACAUCCCACCUAACCCACUCCUCUGUUGGUUUCUUUAAAUAUGCUGAAAAGGGAGAGUCCUGGUAUUUUUAAAGAGUAACUAACUUUUCAACCUAUUUUCCCAUGUUUUUGUGUCUAAGUGACCUGUGGGAACAACAUUUUUUAAAUAGGUCCAGUAUUGAAAGAGGCCGCCGAAACCAGCAGCUGCAGAACAGGCUGCAGUGUAACCAUGCAGAUGUAAGUUGUCAAUUUAUGUCUUCUAAGUUUUUUUUGCCACUGACAAGCUCACAUUGUUAUUAUGUGUAUCUUACAACAUUAUGAAAAGGUCACUGCAGAGAAAUGACACGUUUCACCACCUUUCAUUUGUUCUGUUCUGUUGUGUGUCCUGGUCUCCCUGAUUUAGACAGAAGAGUGCUGAUAAUGGUGUUUUGGAAUACAGAAAACACAUCUUGCUCUUAUCUAAAAGACUUUUAAUGUUGUGGCUGAAUAUAUGGCUGAUUUUGACAGUAUGAAAAAACCUGUGAGAAAGAGAAUUGUCCUUAAAACGAGACUUGGGCAUGAAACAAAAUGGAACAAGCAAAAAUACGGAAAACAUUUUUUUCUGUUGUAUCCUUUCUGUUAUGUUGAAGGACACUCAGAACAACAAUGUAAGCAUGUCAGUGUCAAAAACAAGCAAUAUUAAUUGAUGUACACGGGGCGCACCUGCCUCCAAAUGGUUACAUGGUAGCCUAUUUCCACUGCUACAGCGCUCUCACUCAAUACUGGACCAAAUUAAAGCGAGACAAGGCUGUUCUAAAACAAAUUUCAUAUGUUUUCCCACAAAAAGCAAUGUACCCAAAUUCGUACAUAUCCCAUGUAUUUUGAAAGGCUGCGAUCACGUAACUAAUGCACUGAAAGUAGUAAACAAGGAAGCAGUCCAAAGUCCUUGUUAGGAGGUAGGUUGGGGUGGCGGAUGGGUCACAAAAAAAAAUUGACUUUAGCCUGGCUUUAGACUUUCCCCUGAAGUCAUGUGUUCGGAUCUGUGUGAACUUUGAGUAAACUUUGAGUUAUGUUAAGGUACGUCCUCACCAUGUUUCUUUUCCUAAACCUAACAACAGUAACUUGCCUAAACCUAACCUCCGUAACAUCACGUUAAUUGCAUAACUGUAUGUUAAGGAUGUAAUGUCAUUCGUGGGGUGCAAAUUCGUUGGAUAUCAUACAAACCGUUCUAUAAGAAUCUGUUGCUUAGACACAUGAACAUGGGAAAAUAGGGGUCAGGUUGAAAUGAAUACUGAAGUUCCCCUUUAAAGUUUUUCACUGCCCUCUCUGGUUGAGAAUUUGAAGUGUGUUUCUAGCUUUGGGUGUGGUCAAAUGUGUUCUCUGUUGCACAUGUAACCCCACCUGUAAAAACACACCCUGGAGUUCACUUAUACAUCACUGCUGCAUAGUGAGAAGAUAAACCACAGGAAGUCAGCAGAAACAACAGUUUCCACUGUAAGUUGUUCCUAAUAACAGUUGACAAAAAAAAAUAUGUGCCUUAGCACCAUCAUCUGAUAAGGUGUCUGAAUUGGGUGGUUUGAUCCUUUCAUCAAAAAUGACCAAUACUCCACUUGGCCUUGGCGGGGUUAAGCUUCUUUCUGUCUUGUCAUUGACUCAUGCAGUGCUUUAGUGGCGCUGAUCACACAGUCAUACGCUGGGUUUUGUUAUUAAUAUAUCUUUCUGCAUCACAGCUGGGUGUGUCCAGGGGUGGUACAUUGUACUUUUGACCACACCCAACUGUGUGUGCAGCAGUGCGCUGUAAAGUGUUGUCAUGUACACGGUUAAGACACAGGUGCAGCAACUGCUGGAUGGCAGCACAAGUAGGAUUUUCAGCCUGGGUGUACUCUUAAAAAAGUAACAGAGGGUAAUAAAUGGAGGAAAGGAUCAUAAGUAUAAUCCAUAUUGAUCCAUAUUUGUGUAAGCAUGUCCUGUUACAUCUUCAUAGUCACUUCAUUAUCCAGCACUGAUAGCUUACACCUCCAUAAUGUUCAGUCAGCUCCAGUUUACGCUGUAAUAAUUGGACUGUGCUGUAUUGUAUGUAAUGUUUUCUCCCAGCCAUCAUUAGUUUACAGAGAAUUACUUAAUAACUCAUUUUCUGUUGUGUUUCAACUUGCAUGCUAUUAAUUUAACAGUUUAUCUUCUUCAGUCCCAGUACGUUUAUGAUUCAGAUUCUCAAAAGUCCAUUGGACCGCACAUUUUUGUAAUCCAAGAAAAGCUGUGUAAGCAUGUUUUCUCUCUUUUACAUUGUACAUUUAUAAUGGCUGUUCAGUGCGCUACUGUGGCCACUGAGCAGCUGGAGCAGAAUUGUAUGUAUAUGGUAACAAAGUUUGACUCUCUGUGCAUUGGUUUUGCCAUCAUGGGUGAUAAAAGUAACAUUUUCCUCACUUCAUCAUUGACAUUUUAGAUCUAGUGAUGCAGCUUUUAACAGCAUGUAAUUCUGACUCAUACAGGUUUUAGACAAGUCCAGAUUAACCCAGUUGUCAAGAUAUCAAACUCAUUAUAGUUGUACCCAACUUUCCAACUGCAGACUGGUACCGGAUUAUGGAGCACUUGCUGCCAAGCCAUGAGAAAACAAUAUAAUUUGACAAAAUGACAUAAUUUUAUAGGGUAUUAUAAACAUGGCAACAUCAUUGCAUCUUUUCUUAUCUCCACAUUAUUUGCAAGUAGAUUUGCAAUGCCCAGGAGGAAUAAAGGCUAUGUCAUCUCACAGAAACAUGUGAAAUGACCCCGACCUCUUCUCAACACAGUAUGUGGUCGUACAUAAUAUAUUAAAUUGCAUGGCUGUGUAACACUGAUGGAUGCACCCAGACCACUCGGUUAGGAAUCAGUGCAUCCACCACAACAAAGAAUCCUAAUUGACUUCCCAUUGACACUGUUUUUGUGGUGCCAACGCAUAGUUUUGACACAUUACGGGCCAUCACCAUGUACUGUAUGUAAUGUGGUGUCCAGUGGUGGUGGUCAUUUCACAUAUAACUGUGAGACCAGGCUGAGUGAAAGAGGAAGUGUGUGACAGUGAGUGCAGCCAGUGCUUGGCAUUAGCCUAGCAGCUACUGAUCAGUAAUAGAUGAAAUAAAGCAAAUACAGCUUAAGGUCACAGGUCGGGUUUGGGUCUUAAAUUUGGCAGAAAGUCAGGUUCAGUCAAGUCGGGACUUUAAGGUGCAGGUAGUUAGUAUGAUGCAGACUUCUGGUGGUGUGUCCCUAUUGAUAUUCCAACUAGCAAGAUAUAACUAAAAAUAAAACCAUGAAGAGAACUUGAGAGUUUGUGUGGGGGAGAAAAAGGCACAUUAUAAAAGUAUAAAAUGUGUCCUAUAAUGUUCUAACCUUAACUGCAGAUAUGAUACCCUGUCCAACCCCAUCCCCACCUUUUGUAACAACUUCGUCAAUAUAAAGCAGUUUACGGCGCAAAAACGGUUGCACAUUUUUAACUGAAAUCAUUUUGUUUGGACUAAAUGCAGAUGUGAGAGUUGGUGAGACACACAGAUGUUACUCACAACAUUAACAACAGCUCUCUUCUCAUCAAGUGUACCAGUAAGCCAGUUUGGCAGUGAGCUAGCAUGUAGCUAAAAUGCCAGGACCCUAACUGAAGCAGCUAAAUGGAAUUCAGUCAUUAUUCAUUUUAUGAUUUAAACCUUUAUUUUCUCUACUGUGAAAAAGCUCCAUCAGCAUCUGGUUUAGCAGGAUUUUAUCACAUAAUGGCUUGUUAAAUGUUAAAACGACUGUUUAUGUUAACAUGGCAAAGCAUGCUCAGCUGGCCUUGUAUAGAUGAAUGAAGAAGAGAGAAGCUGAAUGGACCCUUCUCUGUAACUUUUACAACACAUAAUGUGUACAUAUGCUAAUAUGUUAGCAUAUACAGUGUAGAGUAAUAGUGGAAACAUGAUAACACUUGAGCAUAAUGAGGCUUAGCGUUGGUCUCACUGGAUCCAGUUGCUACGUUUUUGCUGUGCAACUAAAGAACACAAGAUAAAUCUUCAAAAUGAUGGCGCAACUAAGUGGUAACCAAAAUGUCAGUUUCCCUCUGACGCCACCUGUGACACCAAACCCUCCACAGUCACAAUUCAGUUUGAUUCCCAUCACAUUCAGCCUGUCAGACAGUAUUACUGUCCUCAUACCUCUCAGCUCUGCUCUGUAUCCUGAACCUCUGUGUCAACCUCCCACCCUUGUAUUUUACACUCAGCAUGUACUAACAGUCCCUGUAUGAUUAUUGUUUUUUAUAGUAUUAAUGAUACACUUGUUAACACUGUUGAUUUACAAUUAAAUACUUGUCACUUUCUCAG